AGUGCGCCUGCCCGCAUUCAAUAUGGCGACUUGGGGUUGAAUAGCAGCAGUUUCAUCUGCUUUUCUGUAGAUGUACAUAUGAAUGUGUGUCCCCAAAUAGUUUUUUUUUUUUAUUUUUUAAAAAAAGCAACAGUUUUCCAUUUCACGCUAUAUAUCACUGCAGCCUGCUGAGAAUGACGAAUAGAACGGCAUAUUUUUACGAUCCCGAUGUAGGCAACUUCCAUUACGGUGCUGGACAUCCCAUGAAACCUCACCGCCUGUCUCUCACUCACAGUCUGGUAUUGCACUAUGGACUCUAUAAGAAGAUGAUGGUUUUUAAGCCGUACAAGGCCUCCCAGCAUGACAUGUGCCGUUUCCACUCGGAGGAUUACAUUGAUUUCCUGCAGAAAGUGAGUCCCAACAACAUGCAGGGGUUCACCAAGAGUCUCAAUACCUUCAAUGUAGGAGAUGACUGUCCCGUAUUUCCAGGGCUUUUUGAAUUCUGUUCAAGAUACACUGGAGCCUCAUUGCAAGGAGCAACACAGUUAAAUCAUAAGAUCUGUGAUAUUGCUAUUAACUGGGCUGGAGGUCUACACCAUGCAAAGAAAUUUGAGGCUUCUGGAUUUUGCUACGUCAAUGAUAUUGUCAUCAGUAUACUUGAACUUCUAAAGUAUCAUCCUCGGGUUCUGUACAUCGAUAUUGAUAUCCACCACGGCGAUGGUGUGCAGGAGGCCUUUUACCUCACUGACAGAGUUAUGACUGUAUCAUUCCACAAGUAUGGAAACUACUUUUUUCCUGGGACAGGGGAUAUGUAUGAAGUGGGAGCCGAGAGUGGCCGCUAUUACUGCCUAAAUGUGCCCCUUCGUGACGGCAUUGACGAUCAAAGCUACAGGCACCUCUUUCAGCCAGUAAUCAAACAAGUAGUAGAUUAUUACCAGCCUACGUGUAUAGUUCUACAGUGUGGAGCUGAUUCUUUAGGGUGUGAUCGAUUAGGUUGUUUUAACCUUAGCAUACGCGGACACGGGGAGUGUGUUGAAUUUGUGAAAGGUUUCAAAAUCCCUUUAUUAGUACUUGGAGGAGGUGGAUACACGGUACGCAAUGUUGCACGUUGCUGGACAUAUGAAACUUCUUUGCUUGUUGACGAAUCGAUCAGUGAUGAGUUGCCCUACAGUGAAUACUUUGAAUAUUUUGCUCCUGACUUUACUCUGCACCCUGAUGUUAGUACAAGGAUAGAGAAUCAGAACUCAAGACAGUACCUGGACCAGAUAAGGCAGACGGUGUUUGAGAACCUGAAGAUGCUUAAUCACGCGCCGAGUGUCCAGAUUCACGACGUUCCUUCAGACUUACUGAGCUACGAGAGGACAGACGAGGCUGACCCAGAUGAACGGGGAUCAGAGGACAACUACUCAAGACCAGAGCCAGCCAAUGAGUUCUAUGAUGGAGACCACGAUAAUGAUAAAGAAAGUGAUGUCGAGAUCUGAGGGACCGACUUUGGGAGGAGGUCGCCUUUUUAGGCACAUGUCGACAUUGUCAACAGGAGGGGGUUUGACGGUGGUAAUCAACUGCAAACCGAGACAAACCCGCUGUGAUGUUUUAGUUGGAUUCUCUUGGUUAGGAUGAAAGUUAGCGUCACUGCUUUGAACGAGAUUCCCACCGCUCACUGGAGUAGCGAGGAGCAAACAACAGCAAAAAUGGCAUCGACAUCUGGCGAGGGAUGGAAGUGAAUGCGUAAAGCAAACUACUCCGUGGACGAUGUUUUGCAUAUUAUUAGUGAAUUGGACUCGGACUUGUCGGACUCCGAUUUUAAUCGAAAAUGAAUGUGAAGUGCUGAAUAGGAUCGUGUAGCCGACAAACCUAUGGCAAUAUUUGCCUGGAAGGACCACCACUUACAAUGACGAGAAAUACAAACCAGAUUGUGAUGCACUGCAACCAUGACUGCCCCCCGCAACCCACCCCAUGAAGACAGCCUGGCAACCAGCCUCCUGCGCAUUCCUGGUGGCCACAGCAACAGAUGCUUUAUGUUGAUUUCUGUGGGAAACUGUUGUUUUGUGUUUUUUGGAAAAAAUAUUUAUCCCUCAAAGUGUUAAUAAGGCCAAUACUGAUUAGGAACUUCCUGUAAUAAGAAUUGUCCAAUUCAAAUCAAACUUUAUUAGUCACACACAAUUCAAUUAUGCACAGUACAACAUGUGGUCAAGUGCUUAGUUCUGCUCGACUCCAAGACGGUGUGAUGUAAAAACAACAUAAUAAAGACAGAAAUUGAAUACAAAAGUUUUUAAAUAACUAGGGGGCUCUGCACCCCGCUCACUUCGCCCACCAACCCUGCUAGCCACUUCACGGAUCUGCCGCUCGCGUGUGGGAAAGCAGAUGUACAAUUUAAACAGGUUGUUAUUUUCAUGGGAAUUGUUACGUAUGCAUAACAGAACUAACUAUUUUACAUUACAGCAUGUAAUUAACCAGAGUAAAAAACAGUAAAAUGUAAUAAAUUGAAAGAAAAUUCUGUUUCAUGUUGAGUUAGAGGUAUUCGUUACGUGUUAUGUUUUCGUUCUGUUUGGCUUUGAAAUUAACACGCAAGUACUUAUUAAACUUACACUUUU